CGUCACCUCCCGGAAGCGUUCCCCAGUUGCCAGCUGAGCGGAGAAACAGAAAAAUCUGUCAUUUAUCUUUAACUUCAGGUUCAGCUGCUACAGCGACACAACCAUCACCGCUGCCGUGAGUAAGGUGUGAUGCAGAAGACAUGUCCCUGCAGGUGAUGCUGCAGCAGAGGAUCAGCUCCGCCCAGGAGCUGCUGCAGCGGGCGGAGCAGCUGUGUCCAGGUGUGGAGGGUCACCAGAAGCUCUGUGGGAAGCUCCGUGCUGAGCUGCGCUUCCUCCAGCGGGUCAAGACCGGAGAGCUGCAGGUCAAAGAGUCGCACCUGCACAGCACCAACCUCACCCACCUGACCGCCAUCGUGGAGUCGGCGCAGAGUCUGGAAGACGUGGUGGCACUGCUGCGCGUCUUCACCUACCAGGACGCCGCCGGGCAGCGGCAGACGCUGGUGGUGGACGUGGUGGCUAACGGGGGCCACACCUGGGUGAAGGCGGUGGGCAGGAAGGCAGAGGCUCUGCAUAACAUCUGGCAGGGCCGCGGCCAGUACGGAGACAAGAGCAUCAUCAGUCAGGCGGAGGACUUCCUGCAGGCCAGCCGCCAGCAGCCCGUCCACUACCGACACCCCCACGUCGUCUUCGCCUUCUACAACGGCGUCUCCAGCCCCAUGGCGGACCGGCUCCGGGACAUGGGCGUCUCUGUUCGCGGAGACAUCGUGGCUGUCAAUGCUGUGGUAACGGAGGAUGAUGAUGAGGACGAUGAGGAGGAUGAGGAUGAGGAAGAACUGGGUGACGAUGACGAUGAAGAAGAGGAAGACGACGAGUCGGAGGUGGCGGAGGCCACCCGGGUGGAUCGCAGCACCGUUGUUGCCAGCUUGGCCUUCCCAGCGCAGGUGCAGGUGGAGGAGUGUCGGCGGGUCAACCUGGACAUCACCACGCUCAUCACGUACGUGUCGUCGCUGAGUCACGGCCGCUGCCACUUCACCUUCAGGGAGCACGUGCUGACCGAGCAGGCGGCUCAGGAGCGCCGCCAGCAGGUGCUGCCCGAGCUCGACGCCUUCAUGGCGGGGAAGGAGCUGUUCGCCUGCCGCGCCGCCGUCACCGACUUUCAGCUGAUCCUGGACACGCUGGGGGGGCCGGGCGAGAAGGAACGUGCCGAGAAGCUGCUGGCGCGUCUCCACCUGGUGGACGACCAGCCGUCGGAGCGCACGCUGCACCUCACGCACAGCGCCAAGAUCAACCGCCGCUCACUCAUGAUCUUCGGCACGGGAGACUCGCUCAGGGCCGUCACCAUGACGGCCAACAGCCGGUUCGUCAGGGCGGCGGCCAAUCAGGGUGUCCGGUACAGCGUAUUCAUACACCAGCCACGAGCACUGACGGAGGGUAAGGAGUGGAGGGCCACGCCCACCGGCACAGAGACUAAAUGUUUAGGGGCUGAUGGGAGCUGAAAGCUGCGUUGUAAAUGUUUGCUGAUCAGCUGCUCUUUUUGUUCGUGAUCUGGAAUGAAAGAUCAAUAAAGCAUUACAGGCACUUC